AACUAAUAAUUAUAAUCAUUCAUUGUGAAUUUUCCCUUUUUUUUUCUUUUUUCUUUUUUCCUCCCUUUGAGAGUCACGGGAGCAGCCAAGGAGGGGGGCGGUUGAUGGGGACGAAGAACUUCAAGACGGACUAUGAGUUGAAACUGGAUCCCGACAGGGUGCACGACGACAAGUCGGGGUCGGGUGAUGGCUAUGGCGGAAGGUACGAGAUACGCGGUGUCGUUGCAGUAGUUGCUGACGAGGAAGGCGCUGCAGCUCGGAGUGUUUGUCGGGAUUCCGACCGUGACACGAGUCACAACCACCAGUAUCCCGGCUGGAAUGCGACUCAAGCUGCUGUCUGCAGCGGACAUGAGCGCCCCUGGAGGCGGCGGCGGCGAUCCUGGUGGUGGUGGGGCGGCGUCUGCUGCUGUGUGAGCUACCUGACGGCAAUGGCCAUAAUUGUGAUGGUUGGCGGCGGACAUGGCAGCCCGGGGAUGGUGGAUUUUCUGGGGGACAUGGCUGCUGACAUGCCUUCGGGUUGCAGCCGCAGCGCCUUCUCUCCCAUUCUUCAUCUCCGUGAAGGAGAAGAAACAGCGACGGCUUGGCCAGUGGCAGUAGGGAAUGAAUAUCAAACUCGGCGAGUCGGGGGCGAUAACAUGCACAAUGGGGACGUCAACAAGAUCAAGGGUGCCAACGACGAUGGCGGCGGUAAGGAUGAGGAGGAACAGCGGCAGGAUAGGAAGGGGACGGAGGAGGAGGAGGAGGAGGAGGAGGAGAGGGAGGGAGGGGAUGGGAGAGGGGAACAGGAGAGGUCGCGAUGGAGUCGGAAUCUGGCGAUGAGCGAUGGCGGCAAAGGGCCUGGCAUGGAAAAGGAUAAAGAUAUGGAUAAGCUUGCGGAUGGGACGGCGAUGCAGAGGAGGGGACGUAGGAGCAGGAGGAGGGAGAUCAACGGUGAGAACGAGGGGAAGCGAUUGAUGGUUGAGGAAGAAGAGGAUUGUCCGCACGGGGCGCCGGUCAAUACAGAGAACCGUCAAGAAGGUUGGGCGCGGACGCGGAAGGCGGCGGGGAUUAGCAGGAGGAGCAUGCGGCAGACGAGCGGGCGAUGGUGGCGGCGGCGGAGAAGGGAGGCAAUGGUGGCGCAGGAGGACCACCAUGGCUAUGACUGUGGCUAUGACUAUGGCUAUGAUGAUCGUCCCACCGACAGGUCGCUGCAAGCAGGCUCCACUGGAAGUUAUCUCCUUCGCCCUGUGCCCAAUUCCAGCUUGUUUAGAACCAGCAAGCUGGUGGUCAGUUACUCGUCCGUCAAGCCGUUGAUUGACAUCGGGAAUGAAGAUGUAGGGUAUAGAUCGAUAGUGCGGCACAUAGUGUUUGGUCCACGGAAGUGCGCCGAGAUUGACGGUGGAUCCCAGGGCGACUUGGACGACGGGGAGGACUGGAACGAGAAUGACGUCAACAACGAAAGAACUCCGAUUUUGUACAACGUACUCGAGGAGGUCUGCGAGCUAGUCAACAAGCAGUUUGCUUACCGGGUCUUGUCCGUACGAAAGGCCGAUCUAGAAGCCAAUGUAACAUUUCCGUUGACGGGCGAGGUAAUCACGUAUUGGUGGCCACUCGCAGAACCUGACGGAGAUAAAGUGUCGGAACCGAGGGUCUUCCACAGCAAAUUGCAAGAUGAGCCAAUGGCUUCCAUCAACGACAUGCAAAUCUCUGCAAAGGGGUCAAACCUGAUGCUGACGACUUCUCUCGACCCGGCGUACGAUCCUGCUGUCCAGUCCCCUGCCACGUGGCACUCAACAAUCACUUACCUGUCUGUUCUUGACGGCACGCGAUCUUCUAUGGUCUUCGCUCACCUGACCGCCAAGGCGGGUACAUUCGCGUUCACCCCCUCCGAGAACCUUGUGUACUUAGCCGCGACUUCCCGGGACAAGGCGUCCAUUUUGAGAGCCAAAGCCGCACAGUCCGAGACGCCGCUCAAUGCGUCAACGGUCUUCGAGAUGGUCGAAACCUUCUCGCGCAAUCGAUCCGACGACGGGCAGUUGCAUCAGGGGGAGGAUACCAAUCCAACUGGCGACGACCCUGUGGUCGUCGAGCCGUCGUUCGCCGCCGGCGGUUUUGCAGCCAAUGGAAGCUGCCUAUACUUCGUCGAUCGGUCCAAGGAUCAUCUGUGGGCGAUGGGCAAGUCGGCGGGCAAUACCUUCAGCCUGAUUGCCUCAGGAGACGAGGAGAAGGUGUCUGACGGCCCAUUAUCUCGAUCGGGAUUCGUGGAUCUCGAGAAAGUGGCUGCCACUGCUGAUGGGUGCAAUCUGUUCGUCGUUGACAACUACGCCGGUGGGCGGGUCCGAUGGGUCAAGCUGACCUCUCCGUGCCGAGAGGGGGGUGUUGUGGAGACGGUGGCCGCGCUAGACAGUGGGGGGUCUGGAUUAUCUUCCUUAGCCCUUCGGGAUGAGGGUGACAGGCUGAGAUUGUACGUGGGGUCGUUCAGGGGGUCCAUUUUCGAGGUGGAAAUCGACAGGUCCCUCCUGCAUGCCUGUGGACACACCCCGAUGAACCUUGGGCACGAGGUCGAUUCUUCUCCCCCCGCCGAUGGCAAUUAUUCCUCUGCCUACCGCGACGAGUCUGACGGGUCCCAUUCUCCCCGGAGAACGGCCUUGGAGUUAGCCGUGAGGACAAUUCUGCCUAUAAUUGCAGUGUUAUGCGUCAUACUUGCGGGAAGCUUAGUUUGCGUGAACGAGAGGAGAGGCGAUCCUGCGGAGGAUAUCGAUAUGAGGAAAGCGCUUGCCCGCUCUUCAUUAUCACUGAUAUGAUGAUUCUCGCUGCCGCCGAACGACCAUGUGAACGUUCACAGCCGCAGGAUUCGGCAUCAACUCUACGGAGGUUUCCACGGGCAAUGCAUUCCGGAUU